AUGACAACAUAUCAAAAUAUCCACAUCAACAUACAGCAUGAAGAAGACGAUGAAGGUGAAAAUGAUGAUACUGAUGACGAACAAGACGAAGGCUUGAGUCUUGAACAAGCGGACUCCAUGGCUCAAAAUUAUACCCAUGCAGUGGCAAAGCAAAAGAUAUCCGACAUGUCAAGAUGCAAGCGGGCGGGCAGAGCUAAAAAUAACCUCAUGGUUUGGAGCAAACAUAACCCUCUUUUUUUUGGUACCAAAGGCUUGACCAUGUCCAUGAACAAUGGGAAAGUCAUGUACCAUGGCAACAACGUGGUCGGCCCCUCGAGCGAUUUGAAAGAUGUGAAAGAAAACCCGCGUUUUUCUAUCAUGUUCAGUUCGCUGCGGCUGAAGCACGGAGGACAGAAAGAAAAAGAGGCUGAUAUUUCUCGCUAA